CUCUCCAACUGCAGCAAAUUGUUCAAAGAGAGAAGAUGCAAGGUUCCACCAAGAAACUCAAACUCACAGCCGCCUUUGCCGCCACUCCGAACACCCAAUCUCCACCGCCAUCCCUCCGCCUUUCUCCCGAACAAGAGCUGUCUAUCAUGGUCUCUGCCCUCCAAAACGUCAUCUCCGGUACCACCAAUACUGCCGUCGCUGGGGAUCUCUCUUCCCAAUUCGCUUCCACUAGCACCGUUAUUCCUACCCACGAUGCAAAUUUUCCGAACGCGGUGUUUCCGAUGGUGUCUGAUUGUUUGGAUACCUGCAACGUGUGCAAGAUCAAGGGUUGUCUCGGGUGCAACUUUUUCCCGCCAGUUAAGCAACAGGAAGUGAAAAAGGUAACGAAGAAGCGAGCGAAGAAGAAUUACAGGGGAGUCAGGCAAAGGCCAUGGGGGAAAUGGGCAGCUGAAAUCCGAGACCCGAGGCGCGCCACAAGAGUCUGGCUUGGGACAUUCAACACAGCAGAGGAAGCGGCACGGGCCUACGACAAGGCCGCCAUUGAGUUCCGUGGACCCCGAGCGAAGCUCAACUUUCCGUUCCCGGAUUUUAACACCAACUCUAACAUCGGCAGUACCUCAGCAACAACAGUUAGUGAUCAAGGAGAAAUCAGCUCGGAAAAUGCACAGCGUGGCAGCGGAAGUGAACAAAGGGAAACAGAGAUGGAAUUGGGAAAAGACAGUGAGUUUUGGGACAGGAUUGGAGAAGAUGAAAUUCAGCAGUGGAUGUUAAUGCUAGAUAUGCCGGCCGGGGAUUCCUCCGAUUCUGCAACUACCACAACCGGAAAUACCAACAGUUACUAAGGAUUAUUAGUGCUAGUCUAGUCCAAGCCAAAUCGUGAAAAUUUUACAAAAUCCACUUUCUUCCAAUAAUUUCCGUGGAAAAAAAAGGUAGGAACUAGAAAACUCUUCUUCAAUUAUUUGAAGGGUUUUCAGUUUUUGGGUACUCCAAUUGAUUAUGUGAUUAACAACCUUGUAAUUACACGAUUGGAAAUUAAUUCCUAGUGUUGAGUGAAACUGUACCCUUGUUAGUUUAACUAUCUGUGUGUCUCUGGACUGAGUUGUACGUUCAUCAAAAUGACUUUGAUUGUAUUUAUUUGCAAGGAGUUGAUUUUUGGGUGUCUCGAAAAUGUAACAAGAAGGCGGAUCCCAUCCACUAUGGAUUUUGUUUGACACAGGAAUUUCACCUGACGGAAGCAACGUCUUUGGGAGUGGGAUCCAAUAAAAAAUUCAAAACCCA